AUGUCACUUAAGAAUUCCAUUUGCAGAGUUUGCAUCCUCUUCGUUUUGGCUGUAUAUACUGGUAGCCUAUAUACCUGCAAUCAUGAGAGACUGUAUACUUGGAUCAUCACGAGUUAUGUUCUCACAUCAUUGGUUUCUGGGUACAAGGCUGCUUCAUUCCACUCUAGUUUCACAAGAAGUGGAUGGAGAGAAUGUGUUUUCCAAACUGGGAUCCUGUACUUUGUCCCGGUGUUCAUAACAGGUCUUGCCAUAAUUACAUUAAAGGCAAUCACAACAGGGGUGUCACUUCUGCACGACUGGUAUAAUUAUCUUUGGGAAAUCAUUUUGUUACCCUUUGCUUUUGGAAUCCUAACUUUGGGUGGCAGAUUGGGGCAGUCUUCCCUAAGAGAAUCCGAAAUAGCUUGUUCCAACAUAAACUUCCAAAGUGAGAUUCAUAAUCAGGCUUGGGACAUGAAGACACUUGCUCAUGAAGUGUUCUUUGGGGGCCUUCUGCCUUUCUGCGUUAUCUACAUUUUGAUGGAUGAAAUCUAUGCAAGCUUGUACAAUUUGAAAGUCUGUGGUGCAAUUAGUACUAUGUUUGGGGCCUUCCUUAUUGUCAUCAUACAAAUUAUGACAGUGGAUGUGGCAUGUGAACGCUAUCACCUGUCUAGGCAAGAUCACCAAUGGUGGUGGAGAUCUGUGUUUCGUGGGGGAUCAGUCGCCAUUUUCAUGUUUGCGUAUGGCCCCUAUUUCUAUGCUAGAGCAAACACCAGAAUUUCAAUGAACCUGCUAGAGUUCCUGGGCUACAAUGCUUGCAUAUUCUACGCUGUCUUCUUGAUACUUGGAACCAUUGGCUUCUAUCAUUCAUCAACUAUUUCCAAUCAUUGA